AGGGAGAGAGAGAGAGUGUUUUUUUCAGUUGGUUUUUGCAGUGUUGGCGGAGUGGGGGGGAGAGAGAGAGAGACGAGGGAGAGUGUUCGUUUUAGGGUUUCGAACCCCUUUUUUUGUGUCUGUCAUCUCAGCGAUCUUUAGUUUUUUCACCCUCUCGGACGAUAUUUUUUUCUUCUUUUUUCACGGUAAUUUAUCGUCUGAUAUAGCCAAAAAAUUCCUUUUCUCCCGGUCGAAGGACCAGGAUUUCCGGUGAGGGGUUUUGUAAUUUUGCUGUCCUCAAGGUUGUCUUCAGAACUGACUGUUACCCUGUGUUUGUUGGUGGGGGGCCGGACACUUUUACAGUGAAAACCAGAGUUCAAAUAUAAAACCUUGUCCGACUAAUCCCAAGACUUCGGCGUCAUAUUCUUUCGUUCAUCAAAGUACUUCAUUUAUUUUUUUUAGGGGGUAGGCAAGGUAGUUUUGGUUUGGUCCAUUUUGAUAUUUUUGGAGAUUGGCUGACUCAGAGCUUCAUUUUCAUGGGGGUUUCCAUUUAUGGAAUGUUUUUGCUGAGAUGAUUGGAGGAAGGGUCAUGAUCUAGGCUAAAUUCAUUGAACUGGGUUUCUUUUUGUUUUUGUGUUUUUCAUAUGAAUCUUCAAUUCUGGUAAAAAAGGAUGGAAACUUUUGCACCCAUUUAAUCAUGCUUUUGAUUUUGUGAAGCUUUCUUUGGUUCUUCUAAAAUUGACGAUCGAGAUUGAUGGGUGUUUUGGAUUGGAUUAAGUUCUUCCUUCUUUCAUCUGUAUCUAUCAGGAAUUCAAUCAUUACUUAAUAUUGUGAUCACUGCAACUCGCAGGCACCACUUCAAAUUGUUUUGCUUCCAAAGUCUCUGUGGCUCUGUCUUCAUUUUCCCACGAAGCUUUGUCAUCAAAGAGAGCUCAGUUAAUUCAUCAUUUUUUUUUUUUUUUUUUUUUUAGUUUCUAGAGAGACAUAAGUCCAGAGAGCUGAUUUUUUUCCCGUCGUGCUUUUCAAUAUGACUGUUCGAUUCUGGUGAAAAUUAUUGUGUUUUUCUGCACCCAUUUUAUCAUGCUUCUGGUUUUGUGAACCCUUGGCUUUUCUAUAUCAACGAUCGAGAUUAAUGGGUUUUAUCUCUCCCUACUGAGGAAUUUGAUCCUUGCCUAACGUAGUGGCUACUGCAACAGGCAGGCACCACUUCCAAUUAUUCCCAAUUGUCUGUGGUUUCUCCUUAUUUUCCUUUGUCAUCAAAGAGCUCGUUAAUUUAUAAAAGAAAAAGGCUUUCUAACGAUUGCUGGGCUCAAACUAUGGCAGUCUCUUUCACCCGCUUUUCGUGGCGGUUGUGGGCUGGGAAAGAGAAAGAACCUGUCUCAAAUGGGUCUUCCCUGAAUUCUUCAUUUGAGUGGGGUUUUGGUACGAGGGAGACUGAGACGGUGAAGUUUCCUUCUGUGAAGGGAACGAAGAUAGCCUCGUCGCAGAGGAAGGUUAAGAGGAAAUGGCAGAGUAGGGAAGAGAGGAAAAUUGAUAGGGAGUUCGAUGCGGAGUUGGUGCCUUCCGAUGGUGUCUCUUUGUCAGGGUCUGAAUCCGACGACCCAGACUGGUCCAUUGGAUGGUUUGAGCCUCAUGGACCUGAGUUUGAGAGUGAUGAUGGUUUAGCAGUGCUGGUUCCUAGCUAUAGACCUGGUUGCAAGAAGGUGAUGGAGGGCUCAAAUAACCAUGUUUUCAGUGCCAUCAAGAACCUCUCAAACGAGUUCUCUCCUGAGGGCAUGACACAGUUGCUUUCUCUCUUCCGAAAUUCGUGAUCUAGAAAUGGCUGAUCAUUCUCAGAAUGACCCUUCUACUGUACCAUGAACUGUGGGGGAAAAAUUCCAACAUAAAAGAUCUGUUGAGUAGGAAGGCAGAUUAAAGGCAAUUGAACUUGACUUGAACGAUUCCAGUUAAGCCGCAAACAGAAGAACCAUGUGUGGACUGGGGAAAGACAUCAACGGAUGCUUCCAGGCACAUGUCAUGUUCUGUUGCUCAUACUCAUUUUGUUAGGGUGGGAGGUGAAAUCUGAAACAUGGUGGGUUUUUUUUUACUGUAGAUAUGCUUUUGUGAAUGGGGAAUACGGCUAUGCUAUAGUUCACUAGUACUGUGAACAAUUCAGCUCCUUUCAAGUCAAUCUAGGGCCAGACUGUUGAUGUCU